CAUUCCUGUCUUUUCAAUCACUUGGUGAGUUUCUAUAUAAGAUCAUCUUCUGUUGUUCUUUGUCGUGCAUGAACCUCGAAAAUACCUACCUAUAUCCAACCACGCAUCGCCCAAACACUCUCGCUUUAAAAUCAACAUGUCGAUCAGCAACCCACCGAAAGCCUUACUCACCGACGUCUUUGGCACUGUCGUCGACUGGCGAUCGACAGUGACGAGGUAUCUAACAACCGCCGCCGCAGACGCCCUCAACUCAUCAACACGGUCCAUCCCAUCCACAGUGCGAACUGCAUGCGACAGCAUCUCAUGGGGCGACAUCGCGCAAGUAUGGCGCACCUCAUACUACGAAUUCACACGCACCUAUGACCCAUCGAACAAAGACCGCUCGAACUUCAAAACCGUCGACCAACACCACGUUGAAGCACUGAACAAAAUCCUCGGCUCCCACGGCCUCGACGGCCUAUGGACCGACCAGGAAAUCCAAAAAAUCAGUCUGAUCUGGCAUUUCCUCGACCCAUGGUCCGACUCAGCACGUGGUCUCGGCCUCCUGAAUCAAAAAUUCGAGACCGCCACACUGAGCAACGGUAACACUAGUCUUCUCUCCGACUUGGCAUCUCACGGCUCCUUGCCUUAUAAACACAUCAUCUCCGCUGAGGAUUUUGGCGCCUAUAAACCCCACCCCAGUGUGUAUCUGGGCGCGGCUAAGAAACUCGGCUGUCAACCUCAGGAAUGUGCCCUGAUUGCGGCUCAUCUGGGUGAUUUGAAGGCGGCGAGAGAGGUUGGAUAUCAGACGAUUUAUAUCGAUCGAUUUCGAGAAGAGUCUUGGUCGCCAGAAGAGGCUGCAAAGGCGAAAGCGGAAGGUUGGGUUGAUAUGUGGAUCGACUUGGAUGAUGGGGAUGUGGGAUUCUUGGAGAUUGCGAAGAGGUUUGGGUUGAAGUGAGAGAGGGGGAGAGAGAAAGUGUUUUGAAUCUCAAAGGAUAACAUGUAUAUGUCACAUGGCAGCUGGAUUCAAGGUAGGUAUGUAGAAGUUAACUCCCAAUAGAAUCCCACUCUGUAUACAGAAACAGAUGCUGUUCAUAG